AUGUCCUCCUCUCCGAGAACCGUCAACGCCUACGCAGCUUUCGAUGCCAAAGCAGAAGUGAAGCCUUGGCAGUACCAAUCGCGCCCUCUUGGCCCGGAGGACGUGGAAAUCAAGAUUUCCCACUGUGGUAUCUGUGGCUCCGAUCUACACACGAUGGAAAGUGGUUGGGGACCGGCCGCCUACCCAUGCGUUGUUGGCCAUGAGAUCGUUGGUGAGGUGACUCUGGCAGGUGCAAAUGUCAAAACGCUCCAAGUUGGUGACCGUGUGGCCGUGGGUGCUCAGGUGUACGCUUGCUUGAACCAGAACCCUGAAAAACCCUGCAAGGAUUGCGCGGACGCUGAAGAUGCCGUGUGCAACCACGCCGUGUACACGUACGCUUCGACGUAUGCAGAUGGCUCCCCAUCGUAUAGAGGCUACGCCGAUUACGUUCGAGUCGACAACAAUUACGCGUUCAAGCUUCCGGAAAACAUUCCGUCCGACGUCGCAGCACCUCUCAUGUGCGCUGGUGCGACCGUCUUCACGCCUCUGAAGCAGGAAGGCGUGAAGGCCGGCGAUCGUGUUGAGGUGCGAGCUCUUGGAGCUAAAGAGUUUUACGAUUUGAGCAACGAAGCAGACCAGGAGAAGGCUGCCGGAUCCGUCGACUAUCUUGUUUUGACGGCUGAUGCCAAGAACAUGCCGUGCAACUUGUAUCUGAGCCUGGUGCGUAAACGUGGAACCUUUAUCAUGGUUGGCCUCCCUGAUGACGACGUCAAGUUCAGCCCAUUCUUCAUCGUGCCGCGAGCUGUGCGUGUCCGUGGUAGCUGUAUUGGCAGCAUCCAGGACAUUAAGGACAUGCUUGAGUUGGCAUCCAAGAAGAACGUGCGCCCGAUCAUACAAAAGUUGCCGAUGUCGAAAGUGAAUGAGGGACUGGACAUGGUUCGUGAAGGCCGUGUUCGCUACCGCGUGGUGCUCGAGAACUAG